CAGGCGAUGUCGAAUCCGUCAAAUGCCCAGCAAUUUCCUCCACCACCACCCUUAUGGCCAACAGGUUACAUGCAGCAGAAUCCAGUCGAUUGCAACAUGAUGGGAAACAUUAAUUUUCCUAGUCCUGGUCAAGGUCCAACUACAAUGUGGGCGCCAAUUCAGGCAGGGAACACUAGUUCCCAAUCAACCAUGAUCCCUGCUUCCCAAUCUGCACUAUAUUGGAAUCACUACAUGAAUUUUGUGAGGAACCCUCUUGGCUCGGUGGGAAUGAGUCCAUACACGGAUUCAUAUCCACCUUCACUAUCAAGUACACCGUUGCAGGGUUCUAAUACUAUACCACAAAUGCCUGUAAACUUGGAGUCAGAUGCUGAACACAGUGUUCAGGACAUCAAUAGUCCUGAGAAAAAUGCACCUCCAGUUCAAAAACAAAAGAAAUCUAAGGAACAAAACUUUACAGCCCCAGAAGACAGACUCCUUUGUACUACUUGGUUGCAAAUAAGUAGUGACCCCAUUGUGAAUACUGGGCAAAGGAGGGAGGGUCUCUGGGCCAGAAUUGAAAAAAGGUACAAUGAACAAAGGGGGGAAUUUCCUUGUCGACUUAACAGAGCACUCAGUAGCCGAUGGGACAAGAUAAGGGCUGAUGUCAGUAAAUUCUCUGGAUACUACGCGAGAGUUCUACGAGAAAAACAAAGUGGUCUAAGUGAUGACGAUAAGACAUCGAAGGCAGCCACAUUGUUCGCUCAUGAGGAGGGCAAACCAUUUCAUUAUAUGCACUGCUGGCAUCAACUGAAGGGGGAACCCAAAUGGGAGAGCAUAUGUCAAGGACACUCUUUUAGAGGAUUACAUGCAAGAUCAAUUCCUUCGUCGGGGUGUCCAUCAGUGCAAACACCGGAGACUGACAGUGGAUCCGCUGGACUCUCAGGAAAAAGGCCCCGUGGCCGUGAUUUCAGUAAAGCUGAGAGAAAGAAAGCUGGUUCAUCUUCGUCCCCGGAGUACUUAAGCCGAUUACAAGAAAUUACUGAGAAACAAAUACAGAGGUCCAUUGAAAAGGGGGAAAAAAGAAAAGACCACUGAAGAAGAU